AAGACAGCUUUAGGGCAUUUUAUCCAUUCGGCCAUCUGUGAUGGCGAUAACAAGGCGAUUGAGCGUCUAUCCCUUUGCGGUGACACCUUUGCCAUAGCUAUUGGCGGUAGCCACUCCACGUCGUCAAUCCUUACCAUGCUAUUUUAUGCACUUGCACCGAGACCAGAACUUCAGAUGCAGCUACGGGACGAGAUCAAAACUGCAGGAAUCAUCACACUUCUCAAUGAUGAAGAGCGUGUGCUGACAGAAGGGGUCGCUGCGGAGAGGCUUGGAAAUUUAGUCUUGAUGGACGCUUGCAUCAAUGAGACCAUGAGACUGUAUCCAUCUAUACCUUCAGGUGGUGCCCGACAGACAACUAGCACGCGAAUUCAAAUAGGAAAUCAUUGGAUACCCCCAGACACGGUUGUGGUAGCCCCCAGGUGGUCUAUUGGAAGAUUGGAGUCGGCAUUUGAGAAAGCCACGGAGUUCAUACCCGAGAGAUGGACUACAAUGCCCCAUAUGGUACAGGACACCCGUGCCUUUAACCCCUUUUCGAUGGGGCGUCACUCUUGCCCUGGAAAACAGCUGGGGUUAUUUGAGAUCCGCAUAGUUGCCGUCAUGAUUCUUGCCAAUUUCACAUUUACAUUUGCUCCUGGUAAAAAAAGCUCAUGAUGGUGUGGUCUGGGAUGCUGUAGAUGCGUUUGUAGCUAUUCCUGGGGAUCUUGACCUUGUCUUCAAACCUCUUAACUAAUU